CGACCGUGUCUGGUGGCGGUAGAUAGAUAGAGCGCCUAUCGGCAAGACGACAUUAACGAGUGAACAGUGUCUUAGACAAGUCGAUACUCACUGAAAACUCAAUAUCUUAGAAAAUCCAAACUAAGUAUUCCUAUACUUACCAAAGCAACCACAUUAACACCACUACGAUGGCCAAGUUCAACAAGCUCGCUGGCAAGCACGUGCUCGUCAUCGGAGGUUCGCAGGGCAUCGGUCGCGGGGUCGCUGAAGGCGCGAUCGAGUCUCAAGCCGUCGUGACCAUCGUCGGUUCUUACAGACCCAACCUCCCACCCAAAAUGCAAAGCGCCGACAAAACCGUCGCGCAGCUCAAAGCCUUGUACCCCUCCGCCUCCGUCAUCGGUCUAUCGUGCAACCUCGCCACGGACAACGUAGAAGCAGACCUCGACAACAUCUUCACGCAAGCGAAAGCAGCGCACGGCAAGGCCGUCGACCACGUCGUGCUGACGGCAGGCGACCCGGUGCUCGCGCUCGCGCCUCAAGACAUCACGCUCGAGAAGAUCCGACACGCGGCGCGCAUGCGGCUCGAGCUGCCCGCGCUCCUGGGGAAGGUGGCGCAGCGGCACCUGGCGCGGACGACGGCGUCGAGCGUGACGCUGAGCACGGGCGGGGUGGCGGAGAAGCCGAACCCGGGGUGGAGCGUGACGGCGUUCAUGGCGGCGGGCCUCAAUGGGCUCGCGCGAAACCUCGCCCUUGACCUCAAGCCCAUCCGCGUUAAUUCCGUCGAGCCGGGGCCUGUGGACACCGGGUUCUGGGAGACGGGCGGCAUGACGGCGGAGCAGAAGGCUGCUGCUUUUAAGGCGUGGGAUGAGAAGCUGCCGACGGGUGCGGUGGGAGCCGUGGAGGAUGUUGCGGAGGCGUAUUUGUACUUGAUGCGGGACCGCAAUGCGACGGGAGAGGUGGUGAAGACUAGGAGUGGUGCGAAUUUGCUUUGAGGGGGCUAUGCAGUGCUACGUACCUACGUAUAUGUUCUUGAAGGUUGGGAAUAAAUAGUGAGAUAGGGGAUGAUAGGAAUGAUUAUCUUGUCAAAAAAGUAACUAUCACGAAAGGGGUUUUCCGACGUAUAGGAAUUGUUCAAAUGCGUACCUGUAAUACGCGCAUAUUUCUAGAUAGUCCUUACAUGUAGAGUCUUGAAUAAGGGGUAGUUCAGAGUAGGAAGUUUGAGAACGAAAUGGCAAGAGCUCUCAAGUAAAAGAACGAAACCUUAACUUGAAAUUGUCAAAAUAACAGAACUAAAUCAGAGAAAAAGAGUAAUACAAUG